AUGUCCGAACACUUCAAGAGGUUCUGGUCAUGGGUGAAAUCACUUGAAAUCAGCGUUGAACCAUUAAUGUUAGUUCUGGCCGCUUGCAACACGGCAAGAUCGAUUGUCGCACCACAAAUGGCGGAACAUAAAAUGAUGCGAGAAUAUCCAGCCCCUCCUGGGCUCUCCGAUAAAGAAUUAAAGAAAUUUUAUAAUAGAAAAAUGGUUAUAUGGGACAAUAACUAUUCCUAUGUUAACCUACCUAUAGCUUGUAUUGUUGGAAUCAUGUAUGUGAGAAUUCUUAUCUGGUCCCCUUCAACUGAUAUCUCUUUGUACUGGUUUUAUCCCACGGCCGUCAUCACAGGUCUCAUGGGUGACUUUUUUCUGACAAUGAGUUGUGUAAACGCUUACGUUGCUGAUCGAUUUGAUGACGAGAAAGUUCUGUCAGUGAGAAUGAUUGUUGUUUCGAUAAUGUUCAGUCUUGGUUCUUUCAUCGCUUCGCAGAGUACGAAAGCUAUAUUGAACGAAGUAUCAUCGACGACCCUGCUUAUCAUUGUAGAAGGUUUACUGCUGGCUACUUUCAUUGCUGGUAUACUCAUCUUAUCACAAAGCAGGCCAAAGAAGGGAUUACUCAGCAUAGAGCAACCACAAGAGGAACCAGAAGUAGAGAGGGAAGCGCAAAGGUUAGUCUUCGUCCACGUCCCUAAUUAA